AUGACGACGUUGAACGAGCAAACAGCAAUUACACUUGAUGACGGACAGACAACCGAUCGAUCACAAGUAACGAGCAAAGACGUCGAGAUCAAGAGUGAUUCACCACGCAAGUUUGACAGGCUGCAUCUAAAGUUGGUUGUAGAAGAAACAGUUGAUCAGAGGCAAGUGAUAGUAGCAGCGCAGGAAGAUGAUAAUACAACUGGCGAUUCCGUCAAUCGAAAUCGUCGAGUCGUAGUAGAUAUUACUGGAGAACAAAAUCUGACAACUACGAACAUCAUCAACGAUAUCAAAAUGAACCAUGGUUCUAUUGUAGGAUACGCCGAAGAGCGUUUGUUGCCACUUUCGAAAGCAUGUGCUCCGCUGACCAACGUCAUCCCCGAUUUAUCGUUUUAUGUUCAAAUGGCACUCGACGAAACCUAG